AUGGGUACCAAAAUCGGCGUCUUUCCCGCUUCCGGGGGCCUUGGAUCAAGCAUUGUGAACCACCUGGCAAAACUAGUCCCAAAAUCCGAUCUCGUUCUGGUUGGCCGACACCCCGAGAAACUGCACGACCUCGAGCAAGCUGGUGCUACGAUACGGAGGGCCGACUAUGAUGCGCCAUCAACAUUAGACACAGCCUUCGAAGGCGUCGAUGUCUUGAUGCUGGUUUCAUAUGCAUCAUUCGAGAUAGAUCACAGGACCAAGGCACACAUUCUUGCUAUAAAUGCAGCCGUCAAAAGUGGCGUCAAGUACAUUUUUUACUCCUCCCUUGGAUUCGGCGGUGAUCUAACCGACCAGAGUGUCGCUCAUGUGAUGGGCGCCCAUAUCCAGACAGAGAAAUACCUCUCUUCUCUGCAAGAGAAAGUGUCCCACACCAUAAUCCGCGAGGGUCUCUACACUGAAUCCUUCCCGAUAUAUACCGCAUUCUUCGAUCCGAAGCAUCCAACGGACGAGGUUACGAUCCCUCACUCGGGUACAGGCCCAGGUGUGGCGUGGGUCAAGCGCGAUGAGCUGGGCGAGGCAACCGCCAAGUUGAUUGCCUCGUAUGUCAAGAACCCGACCAGCUUUGGGUAUUUGAACAAGGCUCUUCUGCUCUCUGGGCCUCGGGAGAUCUCUCUUGCGGAGACGGUUGAGAUUAUCGGUCGGGCGAUUGGGAAAUCGCUCAAGAUCCGUGAGAUCUCUGUCGAUGAGUUCGUGAAUCUUCCUCAGAUUGGUGACCAUCUUACCUACAGGGGGGUCAAUCUGUCGAGGGAGUGGGCUACGGCUUGGGAGGCUAUCCGACGGGGUGAGACUGCGGUUGUGACCCCGACUCUACGUGAGAUCUUAGGGCGUGAACCGGAGAGCUUCGAAACUACUCUCAAGGCGUUGAUUGGAUGA